CUUCUCCGUGCUGUUGCUGCCUCAGCGUCUGUCUGGGGAGCAGGCAGCCUGCAGGUCCUUGAACUCACACCAGCCAGUCCUGUGAGCACCUGCACUACGUGACCCCCUUCCUUGAGACCAGCAGUCUUGCUGAACCCCAGGGUCUACUGCACAGGCCCCCCUUCAAUGACACCUUCAGAGCUCACCAGAAUCCUGCUCCUCUUGGUUUGAAUGGACCCAUCCACGCUUGGCCUGGGGAGCCCACAGCACUUCACUCAGGGUCACUUAGAAAGGCCUGAACCCCAAUUACUGCCUCUUUCUGUGCCUGGUUCUCACCUUGACCUCCCUAAGAAAUCCCUUCCCUAAACCCUACCCGACAGAGAAGUCUCAGGUGUGCUGAGUGUAAGGGCUCGACCUCAGGGCUCCUGAAUGUGCGUCGUGAGGGAGAAACAUCAGAACAAACAGGGAAUUUGCUAAAGACUCAUUUCAUGGCCCCACUUCAGACCUGCAGAUUCAUAACUUCUUAAGAGUGGGGACGUGACCUCAAGGGAUUGUAUACACUGAACUGGUUCAGAAAGAAUCUUUAUCCAAGUGGUUUCCACCUGGUUUCCUAUCAGGAUCACGUGACCAGUGUUAAUCGAUAACCUCCCCAGUACCCUCCCCACAGAGUUUUCUCUUGGUCCUGUGGGAGCAUCAGUGUGGUUUGUAGGAAGUGCUCCAGGGGCUUCUAAGGGGAGGCCUGGGUUAAGGACGUGCCUCCUGGUCCAUUUGUGAGAGCUGAGGCCCAGCUUCAAUCCGAGGAGAGGCAGCAGGGUUGGUCUAGCUGGAUUUGGACCGGGAAAGUCAGUCAGCUCACGUGGUCUGUGUGAGCCGAGGGUUAGGAGCUCUCUGAGGAGAGAACAAUCAAGAAAUAAGUCCACAGGCUGGUCUCCAGGUAGGAAGUGAUAGUUCCCGAAUCUCUCCUGAGACAGGACAGGAGAGGUGGGUCUUUUCAGCUUUUCAAGGUCCUUCUGUCUGUAGUUGUGGUUGCAGGUUAUAGAGCUGUGCGGAUGCCUUUGAAGGUAUUUUCUCAAGAUGCAGAGAUGUGUUUGCUACAUAACAUCCCGAGAGAAGACAGAGCAGGAGGAAGAAGAAGAGGAAAUGGCAGCUUCUCAGGGACGGCUGACAUUCCAGGAUGUGGCCAUAGACUUCACUCAAGAGGAGUGGGAAUGCCUGGACCUCGGUCAGCGGGAAUUGUACAGGGACGUGAUGUUAGAGAACUACGGGAACCUGGCCUCCUUGGGUCUUGUGGUCUCUAAGCCGGACCUGGUCAUGUUUCUGGAGCAAAUGAAGGAUCCCUGGGAUAUACGGAGAAUGGAGACGUCAGCCGUACACCCAGCUGUGUCUUCUCACGACACCCAGGGUUUGAGGACCCAAAAGCCAGGCUUAGAAGAUUUAUUCCCAACAGCAAAGCUAGGAAUAUAUGAAAGAUUUCACCUUGGAAAUUUACAUUUAACCAAAGACUGGGAAUAUAUGAGGGCAUAUAAAGAACAGAGAGCAUGUUAUGAUGGACAAAACCAAAUUGGUACAGAUUCCCAUAAUGUAAACUUUACCGCCAAAAGAAAUCAAGGAUAUGAAUCAAAUAGGGAAAAACCAAUCUCAGAUGAUCAAUUUCAGUCAUCAACACCCACAGAUAAGUGUAUAUUUGUCAGCAAAGACCCACAUCAUCUCUUGAAACAUACACGUUCUCUGAACAGAAAUGUGGAAAAUCUGGAAAGUCAUCUAGUCUCUACUGCAAAUACUCAUUCAAACAACUCUGAGCAUAGGUAUCUAUUAAAUAUACAUUCAAACAUGUCUGGAAACCAGAAACUUAAAAAUGAGGGGGUAAAUUCCCAAUAUAAUCAUUUUGAGGGAUCCUUUAACAAGGGUUUAUUGUUCUUCAACCAACAACUAUUUUCUCCUUGUUCCAAAAUCUGUAAUGUUGAUAAUAAUGGGAGAGACCUUAUUCAACCAUCAUUGUUCAAUACAUAUGGAGGUAUAAUUAGUGUGGAACAACUUUACAAGCAUAACAAAAUGAGUAAUGCCUUAAGCAGGAGCUCUACCCCCAAUAAUUACAAGAGUAUACAUGAUGGAAUGAGAAGCUCUUCAUGCAGUGAAACUGAGCAUAAUGUUGACCAAGACUCAUAUCUCAUGAAACAACAGGGACAUCAAUUUUCAGACAAUUCUAAACAUAAUAAGUAUAAGAAUAUAUUUUAUCAAAGCUCAAAUCUUACUAUUAAUACUUAUAAGAGUAUUGAUAUUGGAGAGAAGACUUAUAAUUGUUAUGAUUAUGCUAAAGUUUUUAACCAGUCUUCAAAAGUUAUUCAACAGCAGAAUAUUCAGACUAAGCAGAAACAUUACAAGUGUAAUACAUGUGGGAAAGUCUUUAGUAACUCACCAAAUCUAAGUAGACAUAGGAAAAUUCAUACAGGAAGGAAACGUUUCAAAUGUACAGCAUGUGGCAAAGCCUUUAAUCAGAGUUCAUAUUUCACUGAACAUCAGCGAAUCCAUGCUGGGGAGAAACCAUACAAAUGUACAGAAUGUGGCAAAGCCUUUAUCUGUUGUUCACGUGUUACUCAACAUCAGCAAAUUCAUACUGCGGAGAGACCUUAUAAAUGUACAGCAUGUGGCAAGGCUUUUAAGCAGAGUUCAACUUUAACUGAACAUCAACGAAUCCAUACUGGGGAGAGACCUUAUAAAUGUUCAGCAUGUGGCAAGGCUUUUAAGAAAAGUUCAGCUUUAACUGAACAUCAGCAAAUCCAUACUGGGGAGAGACCUUAUAAAUGUACAGAAUGUGGCAAAGCCUUUACCCGUUAUUCACUUCUUACUCAGCAUCAACGAAUCCAUACUGGGGAGAGACCUUAUAAAUGUACAGAAUGUGGCAAAGCCUUUGUCCUUUAUUCACUUCUUAAACGACAUCAACGAAUCCAUACUGGGGAGAGACCUUAUAAAUGUACAGAAUGUGGCAAAGCCUUUACCUGGCGUAUGAGUCUUACUGUACAUCAGCGAACUCAUACUGGGGAGAAACCAUACAAAUGUAAAGAAUGUGGCAAAGCCUUUAUCCAUUGUUCACAUCUUACUCGACAUCAACGAAUCCAUACUGGGGAGAGACUUUAUAAAUGUACAGACUGUGGCAAAGCCUUUUCCCGGAGUUCAGGUCUUUCUCAACAUCAGAGAAUUCACACUGCAGGGAAGUGUUAGAAAUGUAAGGAAUGAGACAAAGGAUUUCAUCACAGCCAUGACGUCACUCACCGUCAGAGAAUACAUACUGCAGAGAAACCUUAGAAAUGAAUCAGUGAUAAAGAAAGGUUGGUCCUAAACAUACAAUUUUGAGAAAACGAGUGUUUACUUUGGAAAGAUACAUGAAUGAAAUACAAAAAUGUAGACAAGUGUUUAAUCAAACAGCAAAAGUAAAUCAAUGCCAGAGAAUUCAUACUAGAAAGCAUUUCAUUAGUACCACUUUUGUUGAAUUACUCUAAACAGAAACACUGUAGCAAGUAUUCCAUAAUUAAAACAUGUACAAAAUUGAUAUGUUAAUAUGGAUCACAAGAUGAAGGGGUGGGUAUUUGCAGAGGUAUAAUUAUUAUUCAUGUAUCCUUAUUUAUAUUAACGUGAUUUGAGAUCAUUAAGGAACCAAAACGAAUGUAAUUCAACUCUCAAGUUACUAUGCUGUGAUUUGUUUCUACUGUAUAUAUGAACUUCUGUUUCUGACGGUUGUUGCCUCAAUUGUAAGAGAAGCCCUUCUAUAUUAGGUGGGAAUCAUUUAUAUUUAUUCUCCAAUUUAUAAGACUAAGAACACAGUAAUGGUAUAUGCACACCAAACCUCUAAAUGGAGGUAUUUGUCACUGAUGUCAAACAUCUGUGUUGCCACCAUGAUGUAAGUGUUCAGGGAAUAAUUCAAAGUAAGACGGAAGUUUGCUCUAAGUUUUCAGUAAUUAUGUCACUUGCUUUUUAAGCAUAAAACAAGGGUUGUUCUUUAAAAUCUAAGGUAUUUUUAUAACAUCAACAUAGAGAAAUCAUGCAUAUUACCUGGCAGGCUUGAAGCAAGGACACCUUCUCUUCUACCUGAUGUAAGUAUAGAAAACUCUUUCUGGAAAAGUCAUAUUAAUAUAAUAAAUGUCCAUCCCUGUUUACUAAAUUAGCCUCCAUUUUGUAAACCAUAUAAAUCACAUUCACAGAUCAUUUUAUCAGAGAAACAGGAAAGUUUUUAGAAGCUUGUAAUCUGUAUUUUAAUCAAGGAUCAAACAACAGUUGUAAAAGGUUUUAUUCCAUCUGUGUAAAAUUAAUGUAUGUUAAUUAAUAAAAGUGAAUGGUUUUUUAGUGUUA